AUGGCCGUCUACGUCAUCACCGGAGUAUCAAAAGGCCUCGGAUUCGAAUUCACAAAACAACUCUCUUCGGACCCCAAAAACCUAAUCGUCGGCCUCGUCCGCAACAAAUCCGCGACCGAGAAGAAGAUAAAGCAAGAACUGCCCACCCGCUCAAACAUCCAUAUUCUCCACGCCGAUCUCAGCAACCACGCUAGCAUCAAACAAGCCGCCGCCGACACAGCGCUGAUAGUAGGGGAUCGCGGUGUUGACGUGCUGCUUGCGAAUGCAGGACUUGUGUCGUAUUUUGAUGGGUUUACUGCGAUUGGGGAGUUAGCAAACAAACCAACCGAACUCGAAACCUGCGCCCACGACCUCUUCCAAACAAACGUAAUCGGCAAUAUUCACCUUUUCCACGCUUUCCUGCCCCUAGUCCUCGCCUCCCCUGCGCCCACUAAACGGGUCGUUACGAUAACAUCCGGCGUCGCGGACCUGGAUCUAACCAACGAGGUUGAAAUCGAUAUUGGAGCGCUGUACUCUGCGUCAAAGGCGGCUAUGAAUCUUGUCGUGGCCAAGUUUAGUGUGCAGUAUAAGAAGGAUGGGGUGGUUUUUAUGGGGAUUAGUCCGGGGUUGGUGGAGGUGGGUCAUUAUGAUGGUGUUAGCGAAGAGGAGAUGAAGGGAAUGAUGGCUUUUGUGCAGAAGCUGCAAAAGUAUGCGCCGCAUUUCAAGGGCCCGAUUACGCCCGAGGAGAGCGUUAGGGCUGUGAGGAGCGUUUGGGAGAAUGCGACCGUGGAGAAGGAUGCGGGGGCUUUUGUGUCGCAUUUGGGGAAUAAGCAGUGGGUUUAG